AUGGAGCCAGCGGCGGCGACGAUGCUCAAGCGAGCACUACCCAUUCUGCUGCUGCUUGCGGCGGUCGUGACGGUGAGCGCGGAGAGGGCGCCUACGCUGGUGUUCAUCCUCGCGGGGCAGUCCAACAUGGGGGGCCGGGGCGGCGCCACGGUGGGCAACCAUUGGGACCGCGUGGUGCCGCCCGAGUGCGCGCCGUCCCCGCGCACGCUGCGCCUCUCCCCGUCCCUCCGCUGGGAGGAGGCCCACGAGCCGCUGCACGCCGGCGUGGAUGUCGGCAACGUGGUGGGCGUCGGCCCCGGGAUGCCGUUCGCCGACGCGCUGCUCCGUUCAUCUGCCUGCCCCAGGGGCGCCAUCGUGGGCCUCGUUCCCUGCGCGCAGGGCGGCACGCCCAUCACCAACUGGUCCCGCGGCUCCGAGAUGUACGAGCGGAUGGUGACCCGUGCCCGCGUCGCCGGCGCAGGGACCGGCAGGAUCGCCGCCUUGCUGUGGUUCCAGGGGGAGGCCGACGCCAUGCGGCGUGAGGACGCACUGGCCUACACCGGGAGGAUGGAGGCCUUCGUCCGGGACGUCCGCCGGGACCUCGCCAUGCCCAACCUCCUCGUCAUCCAGGUUGGGAUCGCGACGGCGCAGAAGCAGGGGAAGUGGCUGGACCUGGUGAGGAAGCAGCAGAGGGCAGUGCGGCUGCCGAACCUCAAGUACGUGGACGCCAUGGGUCUCCCCCUUGCCAACGACAUCACGCACCUCACCACACAGGCGCAGGUCCGGCUCGGCAAGAUGCUCGCCAACGCGUACAUCGCCACGCUCUGA